CGUGGCGAAGCCAAGCUCGUACACAGCCGCCGCAUUUCCCAGGUGGUGUACGAUAAAGUGGUGAAUCGAAUCGAUCCGUCGCCGGCCGCCGUCGUGACGGAAGCAGACAUCCCCAUGGACCUUCGCGAACAUUUUUCCGACGCCAACUUCCGUGUCAUCGUCGACCGCUUUCAUUUGUUUGACCACAAGGAGGCGGGUAUCCUCGACCACGAAGAUGUCUUUGUUUACUUGCACGGUCUCACCGAGACGUUCCCCAUACGUGACGUGCAGCACGCAGCCGAGCGCCUCACCGCGUUUCCAUCCAAGCGCGUCACGCUGCCGUCUGUCUUUAAAGUCCUCUCGACCCACGUCGAGCGCGACCUCGGCGCACCACCGCUGCCGUGCGACGACGACAACAAGACUGGAACCGAGGUGCCGUCCGCGUCAUCGACGCUUCCUGGAUCGUCAAGCACCGAGGUGGUGACACCUCGCACGCCGCAGAACACUCUGCUCGGCAUUUCAGUCGACACGCACGACGACCACUGGGACGCCCGCGCCGAGAUCGUCCCAAGUGAGAAUAAUUGCCGACGAACAAGCAUUGCCGGCCUCUUGCAACCGCGCUUUGACGCCAAAACCGUCGACAGGAUCAUCCAGCGCAUCACCAUCACCAACGCCAAUGAAAAAAAGAAGACCAAAAAGCGAUUGGAGCCGCAGCUGCCGCGGAUCGUGCUCUUGAUCGACGAAGCCGUUUCCGGCGUCACCAAGUUUUGGGAAGGCCGUCUCCGUGGUUGCCGCGUCCUGGAGAGCGCGGGGAUUAUCCAAGGAGGGGAACGGCGCAUGAUGACCGAGGCGAACACGCGCAUGAAUUCCGAAGAGUCGGCGCUAGUGCUCUUGCACCACCGUGUUCGGGCACGACUCAAAGGCGGCUACAGAGUCAUUGAAGGCAAGCGGUUUUUGCCCGACGAUGUUCACACGCCCAAGCCCCUUGUCGUCGUCGAACAUAAGAAAGCGUCGCUGGAAAAGGGCAGCACGGUCGUUCGCUCCAUGCCCAACCUGCCACUGUACCCGGCGACGCACCAUCGAGCGCUGUACCAAAAACCUCCCUACGCAUUGCCCGACAAGUGGACACCGCCGCCUUCUCAGCUCUCAUCCCCUGACACAUCGUGGAUCCACGAGAGCUUUUCGUCGCCUAUCGCUUCCGAGCCCACGAGUGGUCGACCGCCAAGCAAUCAGCGUGUGCAGGGCCACACGUACCUUCGGCGCCUUGGAUCCCCGAAACAACACCGCGUAAAACCUUUGGUCUCCCAGCAUAGUCCGUCCUGAGACACUAUGACAUGUACAAAGUCAUGUAUUAUUUUGUUUCUACUUACAACUAAAUGUCGAGCUGCGUCA